ACCCUCCAACCAAGCUGGCCGGGCUGUUUAAUCAAUGCUGAUCCCAGAACAGGAGCAGACCCUGAGGCUUUGCUUCGGUGCCACUGACCCAAAUGAGCCUGACGCCGGAUGGCCAAGCCCACGUGGAGCCUCAGUACGCAGAGAAGGGCCCAGGACCUGCAGCCUUCAGAGCAGAGGCAGGAGACCUCCUUCGGAGGCCCGAGGCCCAGCAGCAUCCCAGCUCCCGGGCGGGGCGCUGGUGCUCCGGGCGGCGUGGCGGCGUGGCGCUGGGCGCCCUGGCCCUGCUGGCUGGAGCAGGCGUCGGCUCGUGGCUUCUCGUGCUGUAUCUGUGGCCAGCCACUUCUCAGCCGGCUCCCGGGGACUUGCAGGAUGAGGAGAGGCCCCUGGGCUGCCCAGAGGCCAGCGGGGAGGAGGCCCCGCCCCCCUCGAUUCACAGAACAGUAUCUUUCAGAAUAAACCCUGAGGGCUUCCUGCUGGCGGUACAGCUGAGGUCCAGGCCGGACUGGCUCCUGGUGUGCCAGGAGGGCUGGAGCUCCGCCCUGGGGGCGCGCAUCUGCCAGAGCCUGGGGCGGCUCAGACUCACUCACCACGAGGCAGUGAACCUGUCUGACAUCCAGCUCAACAGCUCGCAGGGGUUUGCUCAGCUCUCUCCAGGACUGGGAGGCUUCCUGGAGGAGGUGUGGCAGCCCAGGGACGGCUGUGCUUCUGGACAAAUCGUUUCCCUCAGAUGCUCUGAGUGUGGCACGAGGCCCCUUGCAUCCCGGAUCGUCGGCAGGCAGGCCGUGGCUCCCGGGCGCUGGCCCUGGCAGGCCAGUGUGGCCCUGGGCUCCCGGCACGCAUGCGGGGGCUCCGUGCUGGCCCCACGCUGGGUGGUGACGGCCGCACACUGCAUGCACAGUUUCAGGCUAUCCCGGCUGUCCAGCUGGCGGGUGCGCGCAGGGCUGGUCAGCCACAGUGCCGUCGGGCCGCACCAGGAGGCUGCGGUGGAGCGGAUCAUCCCUCACCCCCUCUACAGCACCCAGAAUCACGACUACGACAUCGCCCUCCUGCAGCUCCGGACCCCGCUCAACUUCUCGGACACCGUGGGUGCUGUGUGCCUGCCGGCCGAGGAGCAGCAUUUUCCGAGGGGCUCACAGUGCUGGGUGUCUGGCUGGGGCCACACCCACCCCAGCCACGCCCACAACUCAGACACGCUGCGGGACACGGCGGUGCCCCUGCUGGGCACGCGGCUCUGCAACAGCUCCUGCAUGUACGGCGGCGCCCUCACCCCCCGCAUGCUGUGUGCGGGCCACGCGGACGGCAGGGCGGAUGCGUGCCAGGGUGACAGCGGGGGCCCACUGGUGUGCCGGGACGGGGGCACGUGGCACUUGGUGGGGGUGGUCAGCUGGGGCCGCGGCUGCGCGGAGCCCCAUCACCCCGGCGUCUACGCCAAGGUUUCCAAGUUCCUGGACUGGAUCCGUGACACUGUGAGGGUCCGCUAGAUGGAGGAGAAGCUGCAGACCCCGCUGCAGAAGGCAUGGAUCUCCUCGCGCGUGACACGGGCAUCACCCACGGGCCAGCCUCCGGGUCCGGACCCCUCCCCUCGGGCCCUGGUUUUGAGUCCCUCUUUCUCACCAGAGAGCCUCAGAAAUAGGACAGCCCAUGGGCUGGGCUGGGAAAGUGAGGGGACGGGUGGGUGAGGAAGAUCCUCCCGGCAGCAGCUGGCACCCUCCCUCUGCCCUUCCCUGCGCGCAUCUUUUGGGAGGAUGCCCGGGGUGCCCUGGGACCGCUUUCCCCCUGCUCCUCGGGCAACAGAAGUGCCUCCCUGGAGGAGCCUGUGGCCCAAGGCU